AUGAGUUCAUCAACAAAGCCGUUCGACGGUGCGGUGCGCUUCGAGUGGUUCCAGUCACCUGCGCAGCUCACCCUCACCUUCUACGUGCGCGACCGGCAGGAGGGGGACGUGCGGGUGGAGGCGGCCGCGCAGUCGCUGCUCGUGAGCAUCCGCCUCGACGCGGCGGGCCGCGAGUACCAGCACAACGUCGACCGUCUCUACUCCCCGCUUGCCGCUGGCGCACCGGUGGUGCACGUGCGGCCGAUGAAGGUCGAGGUGGUGCUCAAGAAGGCGAGCGAGUCGCAGUGGCCGGCGUUGCAGGCACCCGACGGCGACGUGGCGUUACCGCUGGCAGAGGCACCAGCAACAGAAGCGGCGCGGCUGCCACCCACCGCGAAGGAGCUCAGUUACCCGAACAGCCGCGGGAAGGACUGGAGUGCCGUGCAGCUCGACGACGAAGACCCCAAGCCGGAGGGGGAGCAGGCGCUCAACGCGCUCUUCCAGCAGAUAUACGGCAACGGCACCGACGAGCAGCGCCGCGCGAUGAUGAAGUCGUUUCUGGAGAGCAAUGGGACGGUGUUGUCGACGAACUGGGAGGACGUGGGGCGGCGGGAGGUGACGGCGGAGCCCCCCACCGGCAUGGAGGCGAAGCCCUACACUGACUAG